AUGGAUUCCUCCAUUCAGGAGAAAAAAUCUGUCAAGAUAGCAGUCAUAGGUUCAGGUUUGGCCGGGUUAUCAGCAGCUUAUUUAUUAAAGAAAGGGACUCAAGACCAGGAGAAUGUUGAUAUUGAUGUUCACCUUUUCGAAAAAAACUGUAUGAUUGGGAUGGAUGCUGCUUCUAUAUCAAUUAAAUCGGAUGAUGAUGAUGUUAGAAUUGACGUGCCCAUGCGGUCGUUCAUGUCUGGUUAUUAUGCUCAUCUCAUCCGUUUAUAUAAACAUCUUGAUAUUCCAGUCAAACCAGCAAGUUUCAGUUAUGGUUGGUACAGCAUAGAAUCUCGACAUCCAAUUAAUAUGCCGGCACAACACGUUGCUUCAUAUACCGAUAAUCGUUCUUAUUUGACCUAUAGUGGUUCACGAACUGUAGGUCGACUUAAUGCUACUUUAAGAUCAUCAUCAUCUACCUUAUCAACAUCUCCUUUAAAAUCAUCAUCGUCAUCAUCAUCAACAACAACAACAACAACUUCAUCAUUAUGGUCAUCAUCAUCAUCAUCAAUAUCAUCAUCAACUUCCAUCAAAUCUUCUUGGAAUACUUGGGUUUACGAUUUAUUCAUGUCAUGGUGGAUCAUGUUAACAGUCGCAUUCUCUUAUACAUGGUUAAUGAUCAUCACUCUAUGGCUUCAUCAUCGUGGUCAUCUUCGAAAUGAAAAACAUCCUAUUGCCAAUAUGACUUUGGGUCAAUGGUUCAAACAUUAUCAUAUUCAUCCUUAUUUCGCUCAUCAAGUUUUUGUACCUUUGUUUGCCGCUGUAUGUACGAAUUCCUGGGAAGCCAUGUUAAAUUAUCCUGCCACUGAAGUACUUGAAUAUAUGGCACUGGGGUUAUUCCAAGAAUCAUAUGUAGUAACACAGGGAAUACGACAAGUAGUAGACCGACUAUCGGAGCCUUUGACAGAUAUUCACCUUGGUGUACAGAUACAAUCCAUCCAACCCAGCAAAUCAUCAAGGAAAUAUAUUCUUAAAGAUGAUCAAGAUAAAACGUACGAGUGUGAUCAUAUCAUCUUUGCCACUCAAGCCAAUCAAGCCUUGACUAUGCUACAAACCUAUUAUCAACAUCUUGAACAACAACAAAAAGAAGAAAAGGAUACAUCACUCGUUUCAUUAGAAGCACAAAUAUCCAUGCUCAAACAGUUUAGUUAUGAUACAUCAUUGGUCAUCAAUCAUACCGAUAGCCGUUUAUUACCCAGCGAUCGACGACAUUGGCGUGCCCUGAAUUUUGCUCGAGUGGAUCAAAGUAUUCAACCUGAUCCUAUGAAUGAUAGUCGCUUCAUUGUACCUUUUCCUCAUGAUACCACAAUGACUACACAUAUUCUCAACUGGACUUAUUCUCGACUAGGUGAUCAUACCAAACAACAAUCUUCUUCUUAUCUUUAUUUACAAACAACAAAUCCUUGUAUCAGUCCUGAUCCUAAACAUAUUUUAUCCGCUUCUUGGUUUGAACGAGCUACUGUCACUUUAGCAUCCAAACGUGCCAUUGAAUCAGAUCUCUUUCCAUUGAAAAAAGGGACUAAAGGCGAAGUCAGUUUAGGUCAUUGUCAAGGUACAAAUGGUAUCUGGUUUGUAGGCUCUUAUUGUUGGCGUGGUAUUCCUUUAUUGGAAGGUUGUGUAGCAAGUGCUGAAAAAGUGGUAGUAGAUGGUAUUGGUCGUCAAGAAAAUAUUCAAGUUAAAGUCCCUUGGUAGAAUCAAAUAUCCUUUUUUUUAUAUAUAUAUAGAAUUUUAUUGAUUACCCUAUUUAAUAAAUUAAAAUAAUGAUGUAUUUAUUAUA